UGCUCAGUGUUGUCACGACACUUGAGCUGUACAGCAUCUGUCAACUCCCCGGACUAAUUAAUUAAAGCGCACAAAGAGGGAGAACACACCUGCUGCAGAUGUGACAGACCACAACACACUUUAUACAGCCAUGCAGUGAAAGCGCUGCCAGCGCGUGAGGAACAGCGUCUCCAUCCAAGCAACACGGGCAUCAUUAGGCAACUCGAUCGGGAGGCGUACCUGAGUAUACUCCAAAGAUCUCAUUAGUGUGUGAUGAGCAUCAUCAUCCAGCACAGACCAAAGACAGUACCACGGAUCCUCUAAGAGGAAGUGAUGUCACGACACCAUCACCGCUUUGAGAGGGACUAUCGAGGCCCCUGGGAUCGUCGUGACCGACCCACGGGCCUUCAUAAUGGUGUGGGUAACAGCACUUGCUCACCGGCAGCUCCAGCUGUCUCCAAUGGCAACAACCGACCAGGACUCCUCCCACUCCCGGUCAUCCCCUCCCUCCUGCCCACCCCCGUCACCAUCGCUGUGACGGCAGCCAGUAACGACCUCACCGCCAAACGAUCAGGGGCCCCUGUGUCCGCAACGGCACCUGCAGUAAAGGUGGCGGGUCUUUCUCCCGGCGAGACACAGACUCCAAGUCUCCUGUUGGCCCCUGGGGUGAGAUGGGGUCAGACCCCCAUCAACCAGUCCACCCCGUGGGAGACAGACGAGCCCCCUGCCAAGCAACACAGAGAAAAUGACACCACCACAGGGCCCCCAUGGGUGCCUCCAGUGGUGUCGGCCUCUCAGCCCAGCCUUUUGCCUCACUCGUACGGGAUGCCUCAGCCACCCAUUUACAGCCAAGGUGUGUCCGUUCAGUCCCCAGUCAUUGGCGUGACCCCGGCCAUCCAGACCCCCUGCCCCCCACACCAUCCACUCUUGAACGCCCACUUCCAACUUCCAUCCAUCUCUUCCCAACCACCGGGCAGCUUAGUCCUUAACCUGCAGAACCAGUCACCCUACGCCACCAGCCAACCACCAAUGACCCCGUCGCCCUUAACGACGGCCUGUCAGGUAGUCCACCCCACCCCACAGAGUGUGGUUGGAAACGGUCACAUGACUCACCCGCUGAUAAAGCCCCCUGCUUUGCCUUCCGCCACGUUGCCGCUGACGAAUGGGCAAGCGACGACUCAGCCCACACUCACCUCGUCCAAUCAGAAAAGUCAAAACGGACUUCAGAUGCUCCGUACGGUGGGAAUGGGGAAGUACGAGUUCACAGACCCGAGUCACCCAAAAGAGAUGUUGAAGGAGUUGAACCAGCAACGCAGAGAGAGAGAAUUUACAGACCUGAAAAUUAUUGUUGAAGGCAAAGUAUUUGAAGUCCACCAAAAUGUUCUAGCUUCCUGCAGCUUGUAUUUCAAGGACCUGGUGAAAAGGUCGUCUAGAGAGACGUGGAGUGGAGAGAAGUUGGAACUCAAGAUGACCAACAUUGGUGCAGAUGUGUUGGAGCUGCUGCUGGAGUUUGUCUACACCGGCUCGCUGGUCAUCCACUCGGCCAAUGCCAAAACUCUGCUAGAGGCAGCAAACAAGUUUCAAUUCAACACUUUCUGCAAAGUCUGUGUGUCUUUCUUAGAGAAGCAGCUGACUGCAGCAAACUGCCUGGGGGUGCUGGCCAUGGCUGAGGCUAUGUGCUGUACUGAGCUGCACAACAUGGCCAAGGCCUUCGCCCUGCAGAAUUUCCCUGAUGUUGCAGGACAAGAUGAGAUCCUCAGCAUCUCCAAGGAAGACCUUGUCAACUAUCUGUCCAAUGACAGCCUGAACACCAAGGCUGAGGAGUUGGUUUAUGAGACCGUCAUCAAGUGGAUAAAAAAAGACCCAGCUUGUAGAGUACAGCACAUAUCAGAGUUGCUGGCUGUUGUUAGACUUCCAUUCAUCCACCCCAGUUACCUGCUGAACGUGGUGGACAAUGAGGAGCUGAUUAAAUCGUCAGAGGCUUGUCGAGACCUAGUGAACGAGGCCAAACGAUACCACAUGCUACCUCACGCACGGCAGGAGAUGCAAACACCCAGGACGCGGCCGAGACUCUCUGCAGGUGUAGCAGAGGUGAUUGUGAUGGUUGGAGGGAGGCAGGCGAUCGGAAUGAACCAGCGCUCCCUCACCGCCGUCACCUGCUUCAACCCACAGAACAGCAAGUGGUAUCCACUCGCCAGCCUUCCCUUCUACGACCGUGAAUUCUUCAGCGUCAUUUCGGCAGGGGACAAUAUUUAUCUGUCAGGUGGCACAGAGUCGGGGGUGACAGUGGCAGAGGUGUGGUGCUACAUGUCACUUCUGGACAACUGGAACCUGGUGUCCCGAAUGACUGUUCCUCGCUGCAGGCACAACAGUCUGGUGUAUGAUGGCAAACUCUACACUAUUGGAGGACUCGGAGUGGCUGGAAACUUGGACCAUGUUGAAAGGUACGACACCAUCACAAAUCAGUGGCAGACAGUGUCUCCGCUACCCAAGCCAGUACACUCAGCAGCUGCUACCGUGUGUGGAGGGAAGAUCUAUGUGUUUGGUGGGGUGAACGAGGCCGGUCGCUCAGCUGGUGUGCUACAGUCUUAUGUCCCACAGACCAACACCUGGAGCUUCAUAGAGUCCCCCAUGAUUGAUAACAAGUACGCCCCUGCUGUGAGCCUCAAUGGUUAUAUCUUCAUCCUGGGAGGAGCCUACGCCCGAGCCACCACUAUAUAUGACCCAGACAAGGGCAACAUCAAAGCCGGCCCCAACAUGAAUCACUCCAGGCAGUUCUGCAGUGCGGCUAUCCUAGAUGGCAAGAUCUAUGCAACAGGGGGGAUUGUAAGCAGCGAGGGACCGGCGCUAGGAAACAUGGAGACCUUUGACCCUUGCACUAACACAUGGACGCUCCUACAGAAUCUACCAUGCCCGCUUUUCAGACAUGGAUGUGUGGUUAUCAAGAAGUACAUUCAGAGUGGCUGACGAUAGCUCAAAUGUGGACUUCUCUAAUGUAAUAAACUGGCCUAAACCAGCCAAUCGAGCUCCAGCCAGCCAUCCUGGGUGAAACGCGGUUGAACCAUCACGGUUUAACCUGUCAAGAAUUAGCAAGGAAUCUGUAGUGUAGCUCCCCCUCAGGUGUUGUGCCAUUGGAACGAUAUUCUAGGUCAGCCAAUUGCAAUUUUUGGAUCCUCCCAAAUCCCCCAUGUUAGGUUUGAUGUCCAUCUUCUAUAUCACACUUUUCUUUAAAAUGAAAGAUUCUAAAUUCCUGUCCAAUCUCAUUUUUAGUUGGUAGCCAUGUCAUAAAAUGAGAAACCGUGAUUCUUUGACGUAUAAGGACACGUAAGAUCAAAUACAUCAUGAAGCGUACUUCAUUGCUGCGGUGCCGUUUUCUCUAACAGGAAGCUGACUGAUGCUUCACUGGUUGUCGAUGCAAGUCAUGUAGCCCUCCAGCAAGGGUCAAUGCUACAGAGAGACGAGAUCGAUGUGAAGGCCCUCCUGAACUCCAAAGCACAAAAUGCCAGAAUCUGUCAUGCCCCGAGGAGUUUUGUUUAUUAUUUUUUUCUCUGUAAAUCAUUCCACCUUUCUUAUCCUCGCAUUUUAUUCAAAUCCACAAGCCUGCAGCCAUGGCAGAAUGUAGAUGGAGCAGGUUGGAGAAACAUUGUAACAUAGGGAAGAUAUGUAUAUUUUAAAAACCGAUGAAAAUUGUGUAUAAAUGUUUUUAGAAAAAUUCAAUGGAUUGGACAAAGAUAUGUCUGUAAUCUAUACCCUUCCAUUUACAUGUUAUUAAUGCUGAAAUAAUAUCCAAAAUUCUAAAGAAAAAAUUCUGGCUUUUGUUUUCUAUUUAGAUAUGUUAACCAUAAUGCAAGGUUUGUCCAAAAUGUGGUGUUUGGACCAAUAAUGGUGACAUCUUUAAAAACAUUGGGCCUUAUUCUUGAAACACUGAGCUGAAUGUGUAAAUAGUCACAUUUAAUUCAGUGCAACAUUUAAUUCGAUGCAACAAUUCGAUUAAAUCCA